ACUUUUCCUAACAUCCGGGCAAUACGAUAUGGAAAAUGGCGGCCGCUUGUAACGUUGUCCAACAAACAGAAGAAUCUGGGGAGGUGAAUGCUGAGUUGUUGGAAGCGCAUAUUGUGGCUCAAGCAAUAACAGAACUACAAGAAAUACAGGCACCAGCAACACAGACCUUGGUAACAGAGGGUGAUGAUGAAGGGUUGACAGGUGAAGUGGAAGGUGAUAUACAGGGUGUACCAGGACAAACUCAUGUCAUCUAUUACAUUGAAGAUGGUGCUAUAUCGAGGACAGAGGAUCGAACUUUGGUUGACUCCUCUGUGCAAGCAAAUGAUUAUGAAAUUGAAAGGAGAUCUGGCAAAUUGCCAGCUAGGAAGAGGGUUAUACCAUUCAAGUUCAGAGAUUACAAGAACAACUCCAAUGAUGAGGACAGUGACUCUGAUUAUGAUCCUCAUGAAUACUUGAGUAGUCGUCCUGCAAAAAAAGCCAAGGUAUCAAAGUCAGAAACACCUAUGUCUGGAGAAAGGAGUACAAAGACUAAUGUAGAUGGGAUAAGAAGAGCAGUGGGGCGUCCAAGGAAAAACUACUAUCCAUCACAAACUGACAGUCCAGCAUUACAAGAUGAAGUAAUUACAAAUGAAGUGGAAAAGAUGUAUCAAGAAGCUAUUCAGUUAACUCAUAAUGAGAUACUGGCUGGUCAGGCUCAAGGAACAACUGAGGAAAGUGAAACUGCACAGCCGGAGAAUGGAGAAGUAAAUGAUAGAGAAGAUUCAAGUAAUGUUACAGCACAGGAUAAAGACACAGGAAAUAUGGAGGUAAAAACGGAACAAGUCAGCGAAGAAAAUGAACCACCUAAAACUGUGGAGCACAGUCACAGAAUGACAACAAGAGGAAAAAGAGUGUCAGUCUAUGGUGCAGAAUUUGAGGGAGGAGCUUUCUUUGGACGUGGACGUGGAAGACCUAGGAUGUCUAAACUACCUUUCUACAAAUGUGCAGAGUGUGGCAAAACAUUCAAACAGAAAGGAAAUUUAAAAACUCAUCUGAGAUUACAUAUAGCUGGAACUGCAUUUCAUUGCACGGAAGAGGGAUGUGAUAAAUCAUACAGAUCUAAUGAGAGUUUGAGACGUCAUCUCCUGACUCACCAAGGUAUUAAACCAUUCCCGUGUGAUAUAUGUGAGCAGAGGUUCUCAAGCAAUGUUGCUCUCACGGAGCACAGAUCUCGACAUUCAGACGAGAGGCCAUACCAGUGCCCUCAUUGUCAGAAAUGUUUUCGCCAGAUUUCCUGUUUCAAGCGCCAUGUUGUGAUACACACAGGAAUGUUGCCAUAUUCUUGUAAUGUUUGUCAGAAGAAAUUUGCUCAGACAGCAUACCUCAAGUCUCAUAUGAAAGUGCACACAGGAGAAAAGCCAUACCAAUGUACAGUGUGUUUUAAGAGGUUUGCCCACCAGUCUGACGUGAAGAGACACAGUACAACACAUACAGGAGAAAAGCGAUAUUCUUGCAGUAAGUGUCAAGCCAAGUUCAGUGAUGUGUCCAGUAAAAAUCGUCAUGAACGAGAACAUGAAAACAACAAGCGAUACACAUGCACAUUGUGUAAUGACACUUUUAAACGUCCCGGACAGUUACGGUCUCAUCUCAGCAAAAAACAUUCCCUUGCUUUUGCUGUAACUGUUGAAAAAGACAACAAUAAUGGAAUGUUUGCCUUUAAUAGUCUAAAAGUUGGGGAAGACGGGGAAUCAAACUUGAACAAUUUGUCUCAGCAGAGGAUAGUGUCACUCAUCAAGAAUCUGCAUUCAAAAGCUAUACCAAAUGAGGGAAUUAUUGAAAAUGUACAGUUAAGUGGAGCAGAAAUAGUGAAUCAAUCAGCAGAAAAUGUAACAGAUAUAAGUCAACUAGAGAAAGAAGUAGAUGCCAGUAUAAUAGAAGGGGAUAUUCAGGUUCCUAUAGAACUACAAGGUGUUGAGAUACAAGGAGAUGGUAGUGGGCAAACAUUUAUAGCAAUCACAGACUUGGCUGAUUCUCUUGGUGUAGCUGAGAAGGAUUUAUCUGGUGGACAGAUGAGGUACAGGGUUCUAUAUGAAAUAGAUGAUAAUGGUGAACAGAAGCAAAUCCUGGUUCCCUUUAACCAGACUGAGGAGGAGGAGGAGAGUAUUCAAGUAGAAUACAGUACAGAAUCUAUGGUUCCUGGUUGUGUCUCUGAAGAAACCACGGCCACUGAAACAAUUAUUGAAACAAUUGACUCAAUCCAAGAAAUCAAUGCACGCUCUGAUGCCAAUGAAAACUCUGAUAUGAAAUUAGAAUUUUUUGUGGAAAAACAGCAGAAGGAAGUACCAGAUAGCACAGAAACUACAGAUGUUAUUGAUACAGCUGGGAAUCAAAAAGAGGAUGUUCAAGUGACAGUAGCGAGUGGUAUAGAUUAUGUUAAUAGUCCUGAUUUCUCCAAACAGGAGUACUAUAAUUGGUUGACUAAUUUCACGGAAUGCUGUAAAGUAGUUCCAAUGCCGCUAGAUGUGUCAUUAUUCCAAAAGAUUUCUCAGGUUCACAAAACAUUGUCAGAUGUGAUGGCAACACCUUGUGGAGUUGUAGCAGAUAAAGAAAACUUCCGCGUGUUAAUGAAUAUCUCUAAAGAAUUAAGUACAAUCAUUAAUGAACAUUUGGUAUAUGUACUGGAGAAUUUAAAAGGUAACGAAAAGCAAGUUGAAGGCUGUGAAAUUGUGGAAAAUGAAUAACCGAAAAAAUUGUAUUGAAACAUAAACUGAUGAUAAAAUAGAUUAUCAGUCUUUUCCUAGCCAUUGUGGGGAAAAGUACAUGUAUCUUUAUCUCACAAACCUGUGAGUAAUUAAUAUUUAUUUUCAUAUUGAGUUAACAUUCUUGUCCAGUCAUUUUCUGAAAUGACUCUUCAAAUGGGGGUUAUAUGAAUAUAUGUUUAACUGAACAAAAAAAAAUGAUGGAGUACUUAUUUCAUCUCCAAGUUGUAACAAAUGUUUAGCUAAGUUAUGUAUUUUGUAUGAAAUCUUCCUCUUCAGUACUCAAUUUAUUGAAUGAAACAAGAUAUUGCUCACAAAAUAUGAUUUUUAUUCAACCUGUUCAAUAAAUUAUUCGGUUCAAACCCCAUCAGGGACAAGCUGUUGUUUCCUUGAUCACAAAAUUUUACACUCAUUGCUAAGUAAAUGUUGAUUUGAGUGUUUCAAUAAACUUUUAGCUUCCAACACAAACUAAAAAAAAAUUGUUUAUACUAAUUAUUAAACAUAGACUUGUUCAAUUUUCUUUAUAUACUAGAUAUUAAGGACAUGUUGUAAUUGCAACUUUGUUUCUCGUACUCUUAAGACUUUGCUAUAAUCCUGGUAUUUCUUAUGCUCACAUAUUUGUUUACAGAAUAGCAUGUGUUAAAUUAUUUAAAUGUUGACAUGAAUUAGGAUUUCUAAAUUAUUAAAAUGUGCAAAAUUUG